AAGAAAUUCCUGGUUAACGUAACUGGAGCCUACCAGGUGUGCUCUGCGCCUGCGUACUAGUCUGUGUGGCACUUUUGCUGUGACGCGACGGGCUUGCUGUCAAGAAGGAAACGGGCAUCCUUCUGAAAAAUCCGAAACACGGACACGAACAAAAAAAGGAGGAUAAAACAGACUAAAUUAGUAUCAACUUCCUGAUACAUGUAAUUCAUUUCAGCGCAUUUCCCCUGUAUAGGGCUGAUCGUAGUGGACAUGGAUGCCCCUCUUCCUAUUUAACCAGCCCAGCCUGCCCUCUUUCACAGUGCCCCAGCCUGGAUGAAUGGAGAUGAGACAUUGUUGACCCAUCAGCAGCAGUGCUUAGCAUGAACAUCCACACACUGGGUGAUUCUCUGGGCCCUAGCCUUGCGGUGCGUAUGAGCGGAGCCGCGGGUGGCUGGAGCAGUCUCUCUCUGAAGCCAGUGCCUACCGGGUGGAUCCCCUCUCUGUUCCAAACCAUGGUCCCUACGGGAUACACCAAGCUCCAGGAAGAGCGUGGUCUUGCCAUGGCCGACCUGGGGCCCAAACCUGAUGGGAACGGCUACAGGCCUGACCCCCCUCACCUGGAGGUGCGCCGGCACUCGGACCGGGUAGCGCGGACAUCCGUUAGCCUGUCAGACGGUGGGGAUGUGCGGUACUCUGAGACUGAGCCCAUGCUCCCUGAGGGGACGCUCUCAGGGGAGGAGGGCGAUGCAGAGGAGAAGGAGGAAGAGGAGAGUCAGAGACCCCCCACACGGAACAUGCCCAAGGAGUCGCCCUUGGCCAUGGCGCUGCAGAUCGUGGUGCCUUUCCUGCUGGCUGGGUUCGGCACGGUGUCGGCAGGGAUGGUGCUGGACAUAGUACAGCACUGGGAUGCCUUUAAGUACAUUACAGAGAUCUUCAUCCUGGUUCCGGCUCUGCUGGGCCUGAAGGGCAACCUGGAGAUGACCCUCGCAUCCAGACUAUCCACCGCGGUGAAUGUGGGGAAGAUGGACUCUCCCAUAGAGAAGUGGAAUCUGAUCAUAGGAAACCUGGCGCUAAAACAGGUACAGGCUACAGUAGUUGGCUUCCUGGCAGCAGUGGCGGCAGUGGUUCUGGGUUGGAUCCCAGAGGGGAAGUUCCAGAUGAGUCAUGCCGUGCUGCUCUGCUCUGCCAGCGUGGCCACUGCCUUCAUAGCCUCUAUGCUGCAGGGCUUCAUCAUGGUGGGGGUGAUCGUGGGCUCCAAGAAGACGGGCAUCAACCCCGACAACGUGGCUACACCCAUCGCCGCCAGCUUCGGUGACCUCAUCACCCUGGCCAUCCUGGCCUGGAUCAGCCAGGGACUCUACAAUUGCCUGGACUCUCACCCGUACGUGUCGUCCCUGGUGUGUGCCUUCUUCCUGUCUCUGACUCCAGUGUGGAUGGUGAUCUCAUCCAAACACCCGGCCAGCCGCACCCUGCUCUACUCCGGCUGGGAGCCUGUCAUCACUGCCAUGGUUAUCAGCAGUAUCGGAGGACUCAUCUUGGACAAAACCGUGUCUGACCCGAACCUGGCUGGCAUCGUGGUGUACACCCCUGUCAUUAACGGUAUUGGGGGGAACCUGGUAGCCAUCCAGUCUAGCCGUAUCUCCACUCACCUCCAUUUCCACAGUGCUCCUGGGGAGGUACCAGAGGAAGCCAAAGGCUGCUACUACCCCUGCCGCACCUUCUAUGGCACAGGAGCCAAUCACCGUUCGGCCCAGGUGCUGCUCCUAUUGGUGCUCCCGGGUCAUCUGAUCUUCUUGUACACCAUCCACUUGAUGAAAAGUGGCCACACCACCCUGACGCCUAUCUUCAUGACCGUCUAUCUGGCUGCUGCCCUCUUACAGGUGUUCCUGUUGCUGUGUAUAGCAGACUGGAUGGUGUACUCUAUGUGGCGUAGUGGUAAAGACCCAGACAGUUUCUCCAUCCCCUACCUGACCGCCCUGGGUGACCUCCUGGGCACCGCUCUCCUGGCCCUCAGCUUCCAAUUCCUGUGGUACAUCGGUGACCAGGACAGCGACGUGGGUGACUGAGAUGACCCCUGAUCCCUGGUGGAGGGGUCACGCCCGUGCCUCUACCCCAACCCAGAACCCCUACCCCUUCUCCUCCUAUUAUGCCAUGCGGGGUUGUUGCUGUUUAGGCGGUUUGCCUCGCUCAGCUAUUGGUCGCUGGAACAUUCCUCUGCCUCUCCUAUUGGGCAGAGUAGCACUUAACACUAUGCUGAUUGAGCCAAUGAGGAGCUACAGAUGUUCAUUUGGAAGAAAAAAACUAUUAUUUGGAAAGACAUUUCUCUGCUUCUGGUUCCUUUUCUCCAUUCAACCAAUUGCAUUGCAUUCUAAAAAUCAUAUGCUUCUUACAGUGCAAUUUAUUAAGAGAUUUGACCGUUGUUUCGUUGCAACAAGUCACUGCACAUAUAGCUGGAAGCCUUCCGUUAGUGAGAUCUACAGGCUGCGCUGUUUAUUCCUGACAGAAGGGAGACACAUGGACAGACAGGGUGGAGAAAGGCCAGGUUACAGGAGGUACACAACUGGCCCUGGACAGCUGGGGCCAGGGUUUGCAGGGUUAGUUGCUGGAUCAGCUGUUUUAGAGCUGGGAUGGAACAAAAGCCUGCACACUAUGCUGUUGUUACAGACUAGUAUUGCCGUUCCCUGGUCUAAAGCUUUAUAUAGUCUAUACCAGAGCACUGAGUCUACUCUCAGCCCAGACGAUAUGUAUCUCACUCUCUUUGGAUGCACUUCAUAUAGUCUCUCAUUAAGGUCAGUCACAGAUUGAACCUCAGUUGUUUAUCUGUUUGGGCUUUCAUGUGGCCAUCUGUACCCUUAGUUUGGUUUUGCAUGACAAGGACAAAUAGAAUUGGGGACAGCAGCCUGAUCGUGACAGUUAGCGGUACUCAAAGGAAUGUAUUGGAUACCUGCUAUUUUUAUACCUCUCGAGGGACUGAUUCUUUGCUCUUUCUCUCGCUUCUCUCCCCCUUUCUCUCUCUCUCUCUAUCUCUAUCUCUAUACUGGACCAGUCACACAGAGUAGGUACUAUUCUGGCGUUAUACAGUCAGGUCCCGUGCGAUCAUGUGGUUUUGACCGUGGACGUUUACACGCCACGCACUCUGUUUACACGUAUGUACGUAUGUUCACUACGGUGGCUCUCUGCCGUUAAUAUUCCAAUGAAAUGUGCCUGCGGAGAUUCACAGGGUGAUGAGAUGUUAUUCUUUCUGAUGCCAUAUUCCUUUAGUUUUCUGUUGGCUCUGUUGUUUUCUAACCUUCUAAUAAUGUGCUGUUAAAAGGGUUUGUUUUCAUAUUCGCAAUCUGUUCUCGGAAACGGACCACGAAUGACCUUUUUGUGACUCAUAUAAAUGUUUAAUAAAUAAAUAAACGUCCAGCAUGAA